UGCCCCCCGGCGCCGGGCUCACGGCGCGCCGUCCUGCGGUUCCAGAUCAUUCGUCAGGUCCAAGCCGUGUUCCCCUUCUUCAGGGACGACUACGACGGCUGGAAGGACUCCAUCCGCCACAACCUCUCCUCCAACCGCUGCUUCCGCAAGGUGCCCAAGGACCCCGCGAAGCCCCAGGCCAAGGGCAACUUCUGGGCGGUGGACGUGAGCCUGAUCCCAGCCGAGGCGCUGCGCCUGCAGAACACCGCCCUGUGCCGCCGCUGGCAGAGCCGGGGCCCGCGGGGGGCCUUCGCCAAGGACCUGGGCCCCUACGUGCUGCACGGCCAGCCCUACCGCCCGCCCAGCCCCCAGCCGCCUCUCAGCGAGGGCUUCCGCAUCGAGUCUUUGCUCGCAGACCCCGUGCAGGGCGCGGCCGGGCCCCCAAAGGCGCAGGAGAGCCACCCCUGCCCCGCAGGCCAUGCGCACGCCUCGGAGGCGGGGCGCCCCGGCACACCCCCCGCCGGCGGGAGGCUGCCGUGGGUCUCCAGAGCGGAGGAGACUUCCCAGGCGGCAGCCAGCAGGCCCUCAGCCCUCUCCCCUGCGCGGCGGGCCUGGCCCCUCCACUUGGUGCAGGGUACCCCCGUCCCCGGGGCACUGUCCAGUGGAGGGCACAGGGCCUCCUUCUGGGGACAACUGCCCACCUCCUACUUGCCCGUCUACACCCCCAACGUAGUGAUGCCCCUGGCCCCUCUGCCGCCCACCUCCUGCCCGCAGUGUCCACCCUCAGGCAGCUCAGGCUACUGGGGGGCAGCCCCUGAGCCUCACGCCCCCCCGGGGCUGCUCUGGGACCUGGACACCCUGUUUCGGGGGGUGCCGCCCAACAAGAGCAUCUAUGACGUGUGGGUUAGCCGCCCUCGGGACCCGGCCACCCCCGGCCCCGGCUGGCUGCUGUCCUGGUGCAGUCUGUGAGGCUGGGGCAGGCCGGCAGCCCCCUCCCCACACUGGCCGGCCACCCAAGAUGCCCAGAGUGGGUGUGGCUGCAGCAACCCCCAGAUGCCAGGCGCUCUGCGGGGAGGCAUCUACUGGCUGGCCGGCCCGGCUGCCCAUCCAUCAGCCUGUCAGCCCUCCCUGGCGCUGGGCAGGGGGCCCUGCUCCCCCGGGGCCUGGGGGAACUCUGGGCGGUGGGGGGCAGACUCAGCGGCCGGAGCAGUAAAGAAACCAAGGACUCUUU